AUCACCAGUUAGGGGGGGGGGGGGGUUAGGGGCCGAAACACUGACGUAGGGUUGGCGGAGUGGUACCCACGUGCCGACAGAUGGAUCGCGGGAUUUGUUUUUGGCAUUUACCGCUUGGAUUCUAUUCGCAACGUAGCUCGGAAUACACGCUUAAUAUGCAUAGUUAGAAGACUUUGGGGACGCAAAUCGCUUGGAAAUGGAGGAGGGUCUCAAUAUGCUCGGCUCGCGAUGUCGCGCUCCUGAGCUUGUAUUAUGCACUGCGCGCAAUACGCGUUCAGCAUGCAUAUUCUUACGAACAACUAGGGACUUGAGUGACGCGGUGUGAAAAUCAGUCGGGGUCUCGACAUGCUUGGCUCGCCAUUUCGCGCUCACGAGCUCGUUGUGUGUGUUCCGAACAUUGCACGCUCAAAAUACAUGUUCAAUAUGUCCGUCGCGAUGUUGGAGCUUCAAAACCGACAAACAUGGUGUAUAGAUACACCUGGUAGCCUGAAUUCCUGUUUUUUCGCAAUGUCGGUGCAUUUUGUUGAUGUUGCAUCGUGCUUCAUCGCAUUCUUGAUUUCUGCACCGGCGUGGUCUUGUUUGUAAAAUUCCGCGGUGCCCUGAUCUUAUUUUGUUCUUCGCUGUGAUCUGGCAAAAAAAUCUGAUCUUGGCGGGAUUCGAACCUGUGACAGCAUCUCACUAAGGGCCAUAUGUCCUGCGGAUGGGCAGGCGGUACGGCUGCAGCCACCAUGGCAACCGUGUCCCAAGAUCAGAUGUGCAGCAACGUAGCAACUGCCUGUUCGGGCGCGUUGACGCCUUCUUCUUCAAGUUCGAAAUGAAUCAGCGCGGAGAGCUGCACGUGCACGGCUGUAUCUGGCAGCCCGGGCUGCAGCCAGCACGCCUGCGAAAGGCGCUAGCGGACCCGCGGAGUUGUCCCGACGUGCUGGACUUCCUGGAGUCCGUGCAGACGCAGUGGUUUGCCUCACCACUGCUGUUCAGCGGCGGCGAGCGACCGGUCCACGCUCAGAAGCUCAGCACCAAGCAGCUGCAGGAGGUGGCUGAGGCGGCUGGCAGCGAGCGCUUGACGGAGCUGCAGCGGGACGUUCUCAGUCAGGUGCUGGUGGAGGUGAAGGCCAGGGGGGCCAUGGAAGACGCAGCCGUGUCUUGUCGGCCACCUCUACAAUGCAGCAGUUUGACUGAGGCGGAGCGGCUCGGGUUAUUUGCUGUGCACGCGGUCCUGGAGACGCUGCUGCACGCCCAUCGCGACGGCACGUGCACCACGUCACACAGCAAGCAUGCCACGGACAGCAACUGCCGCAUGCGGCUGCCUCGGAUGCUGCACUGGCUCACCACGUACCUGCACGAGCAGUCGGUGUGCGUGCACCUCAAGCGGUAUGGCCGCUACAUGGUCUCGCAUAUGGUGGCCCUGCUGCUGGCAGUGCCUUGCAAUCACACCGUCACGUUUGCGUGUGACGUGGGGCGCUGGCUGCGCACGCGCGAGCUAUGGGAUCAGCGGCACGAGGGCAUUCCGCGCACGGACCCUGUGUGGGAGCGGCGGCCGCAGCUGCCCAGCCUUGAGCAGCUGGCCGCGGACGCAGCGGACUAUGCCCUGAAGUAUGCCACCAAGUCUGAAGCAGUGCAGGGCAGCAGGGCCCUUAUAGCCACAGCCACCAUGCUGCGGCGGCGCAUGCACCUCAUGACGCCAGAGCAGCAGGCCGGGAUUGAGAGCGAGCACCUGCCGAUCCAGGACGUGCUGGAUCAGCUACGGCAUCCCUUCGCAGCCUUUGCGGACGCCAGCGCCUCUGCCUGGGCGCCCCAGCCUCCUACUGCAGGUGUGUCAGCUGCAGGCGAGAGCAGCACGCUGGCACAGGCGCAGUUCACGGCGGAGGUGACGGCGCGCGCACAGCAGUCCGCGACUGUGGCCGCGCUGCGCACUGCGCGGCCUGUCGGCGUAGUCGGCGCGGCUGCGGUGCAACGGGAGGGGAUGUUCAACCUUGCGCACGCCAUCAACCUGUUAACAGCCCAGCAGACCUUCUCCGCUCCAGCAGCGGCGCUGCUGCUGAUGCGGGGCACCGACGCGCACGAAAGCCACCAGUUCAGGGCCAUCGAUUACAGGAUGUUCUCGCAGCAUGUGCAGUCGCAGCUGAAGCGCGCGGACCCGGAGCUCAGGCCCAGAGACACCCAGCUGCGGCUCGUGCGUACAAUGGCCAGCGUUGGAGCGGGCGGGAGUCCGAGAGGGGAAGGCCAGCUUCCGGCCGCCAGCACAAUCGCUAGCGAUGUCCCAGAUCCCGGGCCCAGCGGAAGCGUACAGCAGCAAGAGCAGCCCGCCGUCGCACCUGCUCGUUACCGGUCAUCAAGCUACCUGAAAGACUACCUGUACCGCGGCGAGGCGCUGCGCGAGCUGUCUCCUAUGAUGAUGGCCAUGUUGUUUUAUAAGCACUCGGCCGGGCCAGAUGGAGCGCAAGGGCACCAUCUGCGCCUGCAUCCCGCGCACCCAGAGUACAGUAAAUGCGUGUGGCGGCGCCGGCUGCGGCCGUACGUGCCGCAGCCGGUGUGUGACCCCGUUGUGCGGCCUGCGGACGGCGUGGACGAUCCGCAGGUGCUGGAGCGCUAUGCACUGUUUGCGCUCGCGAACUUCGCCGCCUACAGCUGUGACGACAUGCUCGAUCUCAGCAACGGCGCAUGGGCAGCUUAUCAGCGGUGCUUUGCACAGCCGGCGGACGGCCAGUCGCUGCAUGUGCGCAUCGCGUGCCGUAUGCUCGAUCACGUGGAUGGGCUUGCGCGUGUGCGAAUGCGGGCGGAGGAGCGGCGGCAGCUGCAGGCGGAGGCGGAGGGCACCGCUGAGGAUGCGGCGGAGGAGGCACUGUUGGAGGGCGUGCCGGUGGAGGGCAUGGACGACCUGGAGGCAGAGCCGCAGGAUGAUGAGGAACCCGAUGUUAGGCGUAGCGCAGCGCCCGCAGCGGAGCUCUGGCAGGGUUGUGCGCUAUCGGAGACGGAACGGGCAGGGCUGCUGCAGCGCGUUGUGCACGGCGGCCUGGGUGGCGGUCUGACUACAGAGGCGACCACCGUGGUUGCCCAGAUCCCGCGCGCCAAUGCAUGGCCAGCGGUUGGGCGUACAGCGGCGGCGGCAGUAGUGCGCAGCACACAGGAGUGGACGCACGAGCGGCUGGCUGCAGCACAGCAACGCAUGCAUGAUUACGACCUAGUAGACCUAGGUGGGCAGUACGCCGCACAGGCGCUCGCGCAGGCGCAGGGAGCAGUGCAGCAGCAGCUGCUGCUUUACAACAGCGGCACUGCGGCAGUGACAGCGAAGCUGGUGCUCAUCUCGCCAUUGGCGGUUACCACAGCCGUCCCAGAGGUGCAGGGCGUCUGGCCCGAUGCAGCGAACCCUGGUGCAGAGCCGCCGUACGUGCUUUGCCCGGAGGACUCGCAGCCGACGCCUGAAGACACAGCGCGGUUAUGGAACCUCAGCGACGACCAGCAGCAGGCGUUCAUGCUGUACGCGCAGCUCCUGCUAGCAGCGGCUGCCGGCGUCCGUCAGCCCCCCGUGUGCUCGGUGCUCACGGGCAAAGCCGGCAGUGGCAAGUCGCGGGUGCUGCAGGCAUUGCUGUGGUUUGCAUACCAGCACCGCUGCGAGUCUCCCAUUGCCCUCGUGAGCUACACGUGGCGCGCUGCGCUGCAUGACUCUACGCCAGGCGUGCUCGGCACCAGCACCACGUCCUUCUUUGCAACUGCUGGCACGUUUGGUCCGCCUCACCGCGAUCGAGUCGAGCGCAACCUCAAUGGUGUGCGCUUCAUUUUCCUAGAUGAGUUUAGCACGUGUGGGCUGUUCCACUGGGCGCGCAUUUGCAUGCAUGUGCACGCGGCACGGAGGCACGUGGGUAUAGACAGCACGCACCUAUAUCACGGGCCGCUGUCAGAUCUGCAUGGCCUGCUUGUUGGCGACUUGCGUCAGUUGCCACAGCCACGGCACGUGCCGCUAUAUAGCGGUGCUGCGGAGGAGAGCUUGCGGCGGCUGCUGGCGCCGGGCGCGGGGGACGGUGGGGCCAUGGAGCGCCAGAUCCGGCAGCUGGAGCAUCCGGAGGCCAGCAUGAACCUCAUAGGGCGGGAGCUGUGGAAUAUGGUGCCGUUCGCGUUCGUUCUCACUCACCAGCAUCGGCAGCAAGCAGGCGUAGGUGACAACAACGAACCUCUCUUCAUGCUAGCGGAGAAGUUUGGUGGCGUGCAGGAAAUCUCUCAGGCAGAUCUGGACACAGCGUGCGAGCAGCUCAACGCGCCUCGUGCAGCUGCAUGCGCUCGCGCAGCGUCAGCAGCUGCUGCUGUGGCGUAGCGCGGACUUGUCGCCUGACGGGAGCAGCUUACCUAUUUCGCAUGUGCAUCAAUUAGAGGCGCUUGGCGGAGCCGACGAUGAUAGUGGUGUGCCCGCUGUGUGCGCAUUCUUUGCUGGCAUUCGUUACGUGUUUACAUCAAAUGAGCAUGUGCGUCUGUAUCACAUCAACAACAACAGUGCCACAGGCACCGGCAUUGUUCUGCAUCCCAACGAGCCACCAUUGCCAGAUGCAAGCAUUGCCCCCGUGCAUGUCCUCAAGUUCGUGCCCUCGGCUGUAAUGGUGCGCCCUGACGGGCCUGAUGCGGGUCGGGUGUCUGUCGAUCAGGCCCUGGAUGUCGGGGAGAUUCCUGUUUUACCGUGCAGUGCUAUGUUCACAUCGCAGCAUGCAACCCUGCGGUUGCCUGUGAUGCGCUGGGGCUUUCGUGUGGAGCUUGCAUAUGCAGUCACCGAUUACUUUGCGCAGGGGCAAACUCUGCCACCGCACGAACUGUGGCUGGUGGAUAUGUGCAAACCGCAGCACGGCAGUUGGCGGCGGGCUUCAAUUUACGUAAUGCUCACCAGGUUUCGUGGGUUGCAUGCGUUACAUUUAGUGCGCCCGCUGUGGGCCUCGCGGGCCGAAGAGCGCCGGCUUGAAAAGGCGCUGCGUACCAUGCUAACGCCCGAGGCAGAUCUAGCUGCGGAAUGGCAGCGGCUAUUGAGGCUCUCGCAGAGCACAGCAGUAGCGGUGCCAGGUAUGAUUGUGCGCAUUCAGGCCAGCAUGGCUGCCUCAUAACCAAGGCCUUCAAUGCAUGCAUGGUUGCAACAUCUGGCAUGUGGCGGUAAACACUGGGUUGUCCUGCGUCCCGGCCAGCAAGGAUAGCGUAGUGUUUUUAACAUGCGCGAGGUGUACUGACAGAUGACCUGGAAGCGUGGAGUACCUUGUGGGUCCCCGGUAGCUCAAUUGGUAGAGCAUGCCGCUGUCACAUGGCAGACCCAGGUUCGAAUCGCUUAUUG